UUCAACACAAUCUCUGUGCCAGAGCCAUUUAAUACAACAGCAGAGCCACUCGACACAACCGCAGUGACAAUCAACACGACCGCAGAGCCAUUUAAUACAACAGCAGAGCCACUCGACACGACCGCAGUGACACUCAACACGACCGCAGAGCCAUUUAAUACAACAGCAGAGCCACUCGACACGACCGCAGUGACACUCAACACGACCACAGAGCCAUUUAAUACAACAGCAGAGCCACUCGACACAACCGCAGUGACACUCAACACAACAUCAGCGCCACUUAACACGACCUUAGCACCAGUGAACACGACCUUGCUCCCAGUGAACACCACCUCACAACCAUUCAACACAAUCUCUGCGCCAGUGAACAUGACCUUCUUGCCAGUCACCAUGACCGCUCUACCAGUGAACACAACCUCACUGCCAGUGAACACAACCUCAGAGCCACUCAACGCAACCUCACCACCAGUCACAUUGACCUCACUGCCACUCAUCACAACCUCAUUGCCACUCAACAUGACCUCAGGGCCACUCAGCAUCACCUCACCACCAGUCACCACCACCUUGCUACCAGUGAACACAACCUUACUGCCAGUGAACACAACCUCAGGGCCACUCAAAACAACCUCACCACUAUUCAUCACAACCUCGCUGCCACUCAACAUAACCUCAGUGCCACUCAAGACGACCUCACUACCUGUGAACAUGACCUCUGCACCAGUGGACACGACGUCACUACCAGUCACCCCAACCUCGCUACUAGUGAACACGACCUUGCUACUAGUGAACACAACCUCACUGCCACUCAGCAGUACCUCUGCACCACUCAGCACAACCUCGCUACCAGUCAAUGUGACGUCACCACAACUCAAUGUAACCUCAACACAAGUCGGUACAAUCUCAGUCCAACCCAUCUCCACCAUGUCAAACCCAGGCAGUGCAACGUCUCCACCCAUAAAUGGAACAUCAGCUCAACUAGAUCUCACAAGUAGUGUUCUGGUGACAACAGCUCCUCUUAAUGCUACAGCUGGCACUACUGCUGCCACAACUACAGUGCUCAGUGAAACAGCCACUUCCACUGCUGCACCAGUUACUUCAACCACCACUGCAUCAACAAACCCACCUUCAUCCAGUGAAGGAACCCUAGGUCUUCAUUUUAGACUCAGACGAAUGUUUACACCGGAUCUCUCCAACUCAUCCUCAGCAGCGUACCAGAAAUUAGCCACAUCAGUGGUCAACGUGAUAAACAUGGAAUGUGCAAAGCUAUUUGGACCAUCUUUCAGUCGCUCCCUCAUCAACUCAUUCAAGAAUGGAUCAGUAGUUGUUGACUCGACCCUUGUAUUCGCAAAUCAAAGCUCAGUUCCUCCACCAAGCAAUGCAACUUCACAACUCAGGAUUGCACUCAACUUUACAUCUCUGGACAUAAUACUAGACAGCAUUAAUAUAACUGCUUCUCCUGCUGCUUCCACCGCUGCACCUAAUGUUACAGCUGCCCCUAUGACAGCUGCCCCAACUGCAACUCCUAAUGCUACGGAAUCUCCUACUGCUGCCCCGACAGCAGCUCCCAGCAUUACAGCAGCUCCAACUGCAGGUCCAAAUGCUACAGCUACCCCUACCCCGACAGCAACUCCUAAUACUACAGCUGCCCUGACAGUGGCUCCCAACAUUACAGCGGCUCCAACUACAGCUCCUAAUGCUACAGCUACCCCGACAGCAGCUCCUAAUACUACAGCUGCCCUGACAGUGGCUCCCAACAUUACAGCGGCUCCAACUACAGCUCCUAAUGCUACAGCUACCCCGACAGCAGCUCCUAAUACUACAGCUGCCCUGACAGUGGCUCCCAACAUUACAGCGGCUCCAACUACAGGUCCUAAUGCUACAGCUACCCCUACCCCUACCCCGACAGCAGCUCCUAAUACUACAGCUGCCGUGACAGUGGCUCCCAACAUUACAGCGGUUACAACUACAGGUCCUAAUGCUACAGCUACCCCUAUUGCAGCUCCUAAUGCUACAGCUACCCCUACCCCUACAGCAGCUCCUAAUACUACAACUGCCCUGACAGUGGCUCCCAACAUUACAGCGGCUCCAACUACAGCUCCUAAUGCUACAGCUACCCCAACAGAAGCUCCUAAUACUACAGCUGCCCUGACAGUGGCUCCCAACAUUACAGCGGCUCCAACUACAGCUCCUAAUGUUACAGCUACCCCAACAGAAGCUCCUAAUACUACAGCUGCCCUGACAGUGGCUCCCAACAUUACAGUGGUUACAACUACAGGUCCUAAUGCUACAGCUACCCCGACAGCAGCUCCUAAUGCUACAGCUACCCCGACAGCAGCUCCUAAUGCUACAGCUGCCCUGACAGUGGCUCCCAACAUUACAGCGGCUCCAACUGCAGCUCCUAAUGCUACAGCUACCCCGACAGCAGCUCCUAAUACUACAGCUGCCGGGACAGUGGCUCCAAACAUUACAGCGGUUACAACUACACCUCCUAAUGCUACAGCUACCCCGACAGCAGCUCCUAAUACUACAACUGCCCUGACAGUGGCUCCCAACAUUACAGCGGCUCCAACUACAGCUCCUAAUGCUACAGCUACCCCGACAGCAGCUCCUAAUGCUACAACUACCCCGACAGCAGCUCCUAAUACUACAGCUGCCCUGACAGUGGCUCCCAACAUUACAGCGGCUCCAACUACAGCUCCUAAUGCUACAGCUACCCCGACAGCAGCUCCUAAUACUACAGCUGCCCUGACAGUGGCUCCCAACAUUACAGAAGCUCCAAAUACAGGUCCUAAUGCUACAGCUACCCCUAUUGCAGCUCCUAAUACUACAGCUGCCGUGACAGUGGCUCCCAACAUUACAGCGGUUACAACUACAGGUCCUAAUGCUACAGCUACCCCUAUUGCAGCUCCUAAUGCUACAGCUACCCCUACCCCUACAGCAGCUCCUAAUACUACAACUGCCCUGACAGUGGCUCCCAACAUUACAGCGGCUCCAACUACAGGUCCUAAUGCUACAGCUACCCCUACAGCAGCUCCUAAUACUACAGCUGCCCUGACAGUGGCUCCCAACAUUACAGCGGCUCCAACUACAGCUCCUAAUGCUACAGCUACCCCUAUUGCAGCUCCUAAUGCUACAGCUACCCCUACAGCAGCUCCUAAUACUACAGCUGCCCUGACAGUGGCUCCCAACAUUACAGCGGCUCCAACUACAGCUCCUAAUGCUACAGCUACCCCGACAGCAGCUCCUAAUACUACAGCUGCCCUGACAGUGGCUCCCAACAUUACAGUGGUUACAACUACAGGUCCUAAUGCUACAGCUACCCCUAUUGCAGCUCCUAAUGCUACAGCUACCCCUACCCCUACAGCAGCUCCUAAUACUACAACUGCCCUGACAGUGGCUCCCAACAUUACAGCGGCUCCAACUACAGCUCCUAAUGCUACAGCUACCCCAACAGCAGCUCCUAAUACUACAGCUGCCCUGACAGUGGCUCCCAACAUUACAGCGGCUCCAACAGCAGGUCAUAAUACAACAGCUGGCACUACUGCUGUCACGACUACAGUUACCAGUGAAACAACCAUUUCCACUGCUGCACCAGCUAUUUCAACCACCACUGCAUCAACAAACCCACCUUCAUCCAGUGAGGGAACCCUGGGACUUCAUUUUAGACUCCAAAAAAUAUUUACACUGGAUCUCUCCAACUCAUCCUCAGAAAAAUACAAGAAUUUAGCCACAUCAGUGGUCAUCGUGAUUAACAAUGAGUGUUUAAAGCUGUUUGGACCAUCUUUCCUUCGCUCCCUCAUCAACUCAUUCAGGAAUGGAUCAGUAGUUGUUGACUCGACCCUUGUGUUUGCAAAUCUGAGCUCAGUUCCUUCACCAAGCAUUGCAGCUUCACAACUCAGGAUUGCACUCAUCUCUACGUCCCUGGAGAUAAUACCAGACAGCAUUAAUAUAACUGCCCCGACAGAAACUCCUAAUGCUACAGCUUCUCCUACCACUGCCCUGACAGCAACUUCAACUGCAGUUCCCACUGUUACUUCAACUGCUGCUACUACAUCUACUUCCACCACUACAGCAACUACCACCACCACCAUUGCAUCAACAAAUCCUCCUACCUUCAGCGAGGGAACCCUUGGCCUUACGUUUCGUCUUAACCAAGAGUUUACAUCAGAUCUCUCCAACCCAUCAUCAUCAGCGUUCCAGACGUUAGCUGCAUCAGUUGUCAGAGGGGUAAACAGAGUGUGUGGAGAGCUGUUUGGAUCAUUUUUCCGUCGCUCCAUCGUCAACUCAUUCAGGAGUGGAUCAGUGGUUGUCAACAUGACCCUUGUGUUCAUUGAUAAAAACUCUGUUCCUUCAGCAAGCACUGCAACUUCACAACUCAGUAGUGCACUUACGAGCACCUCUACGUCCCUGAACAUUAUACCGGGCAGCGUGUCUGCGGAGUCAACAUCAACAUCAAGCAGUUCCUCUCGUCCCACAGUGGGCUCAUUGGUAGUCUUUUCCCUAACACUGCUGGCUGUGGCACUGAUAGACUUAUAGCCUGCAGGCCAAAAGCUUUUAUCAGCUUUAUCAGUAGAAAAAAGAUGUGUACCAACAAACCAAAACAAAAGACAUAACAAGUAUGCAAUAUGAAAUUUACCAAUACUAUGCCAUGUGGUAAGAAGAUGUGCAUUGUGUGCCAAAAUUGAGAGUUUCUCAGUAUUCUCAACAUUUGAUUUUGGUAUUUCGCUUCCAUGUUAUUUAAAGAACUUAUCAUUCAGAUUACAAGAUCAGAAACACUCUAUUUUAUGUAUUGAGCUUUUGUGUUGCAGUUGCCAUUCAAUGUAUUUGUUUUGUAAAUUCCUAUUUACAUGCCAUGUUUCAUGUGGCAUUGUUAACGGUUAAAAAUGCAAAUACAUGCUGUAAAGUAUAAUGGACUAUAUUUAUUUCCAAUAAAAAGCAUUUUACAAUUCAGCAGGACACAGUUACACCCAGUGACAUUGUUCAGUGCAAAUGAAAGAAGUGUGCAGUUAACUUUGUGUGGUGGAGUUUUAAACAUAUUUAUCCAUGAAGAUGAACUUUCCUUAACCAUAACCAUGUAGUUUAUUCUCUCUUACUAUGUUUAUUAUUAUGUGCCAAAACACCAAGCAAAUUCCUUGUAUGCGAUGACCUACUUAACAAUAAACUCAAUUCUGAUUGUGAUUUUAGGUAGCUUACCUUAACUACUGAACUGUAGUAAAACAUUGUGUAAUUGAACAUCAAAAUAAGUGGCCAUUGAAUGUGCACGUUUGUUUUUACAGAAUAAUUUAGUUUCAAGUGAACAGUGUGGCAAGUGGAUGGCUGAAUACUAGUCUAAAAAUGUCCAGGUACUAUCAUAACAUUUAGCAAGUAGAAAGAAUAUUUGAUUUUAAUUGAUUAGCAGUUUGAAUAUAAUACUGGUUCCUGUAUGUUUUGGGGAAGGGGAAUAAUAUUAAUACUUUGCAAAGUAUUAAAAUGUUAUCUUGAAAAUUA